GCAGGUACUGUAGCACCGGUCUGGGUUGGACGGUACCGCCACUGCAUCCUGCAGCAGUCGCAAUGCCGCGCACAACAGCCGGCAGCGGCACCGGAUUACCCAGCAGGCGCAGCCGGCCGCGCAAGCGCAGUACACCCGAUUCAGACUUCAAUGGCGGUCUGUGUCCUCUCCCGGCUCUGUCUCGGGUCAAAUGGAAGAUCCGUGGCUUGUCGCUUCUCCAGGAUUUUUGGUGGGCCCCUAAAUCUGGUUGGAAAUGAAGCUCAACAACAAGACAAAAGAAAUCUUUCCCUUCAUGAGUACCUCAGCAUGGAUUUACUGAAAGAUGCAGGCAUAAGGAUCCCUAAAGGACAAGUUGCCAGCUCUGCUGAUGAGGCCUUCAAGGCUGCCAAAGCAAUAGGGUCAAAAGAUGUGGUGGUGAAAGCUCAAGUGCUUGCUGGUGGUCGUGGGAAAGGAGAAUUUGAAGGUGGUCUGAAGGGAGGAGUGAAAAUUGUAUACUCCCCAGAAGAAGUCCGAGAUAUUGCUUCAAGGAUGAUUGGAAGAAAAUUAAUCACUAAACAAACUGGAGAGAAAGGAAGGAUAUGCAACAAGGUGUUUAUCUGUGAACGCAGGUAUCCAAGAAGAGAGUACUAUUUUGCUAUCACAAUGGACAGAUCUUUUCAGGGGCCAGUUCUCAUUGGUAGCAGUCACGGAGGGGUGAACAUUGAAGAUGUGGCAGCUGAGACACCAGAUGCAAUUAUCAAAGAACCGGUGGAUAUUAUGGAGGGCAUCAAAGGAGAGCAGGCUGCCAAGGUUGCUCAGCAAAUGGAUUUCCCAGCUGCACUAAUAGACGACGCUGCUGACAUUAUUGUACGUUUGUAUGAACUGUUUUUGAAAUAUGAUGCUACUUUAAUUGAAAUAAACCCAAUGGUGGAAGACUCAUCGGGCAUGGUCAUGUGCAUGGAUGCAAAAAUCACUUUUGAUUCUAAUGCUGCAUAUCGCCAAAAACAAAUCUUUGAGUUGCAAGACUGGAGUCAAGAAGAUGAAAGAGACCAGGAAGCAGCGAAGUCGGACCUGAACUACAUUGGACUAGAUGGCAACAUUGGCUGUUUGGUGAAUGGUGCAGGACUGGCUAUGGCAACAAUGGAUAUUAUAAAACUUCAUGGUGGUACUCCAGCUAACUUUCUAGAUGUGGGAGGUGGAGCAACUGCCCAACAAGUUACACAAGCCUUUAAGCUAAUUACUUCAGACAAAAAGGUUCAGGCAAUUCUGGUGAAUAUAUUUGGUGGAAUUAUGCGUUGUGACAUAAUUGCUCAAGGAAUCAUUACUGCUGUUUCAGAUUUGCACUUAAAAAUUCCCAUCGUUGUUCGAUUGCAAGGUACACGUGUUGAUGAUGCAAAAGCAUUAAUAGCAGCAAGCAGCUUGAAAAUUCUUGCCUGUGAUGAUCUGGAUGAUGCAGCACGAAUGGUUGUAAAACUUUCAGAAAUUGUUUCACUGGCUAAAGAAGCACAAGUCAAUGUGAAUUUCCAGCUCCCAAUCUAAUCACAAUACUCCAGCCUCGAAAGUGGAUGCUUUAAGGGGACAGUUGUUAAACAGCUAUUUAUUUUUCAUAUGCUUAUGUUUUUUGAAAUGUUUGCUUAAUAAAAUGAAUGUGGAUAGCAACCUGGAGUUAUUUAUUUGCUUGAAGGGGAAAGAAAGGUAUGUUUUGAAGAAGCAACACUCAUUAUUGCCUUUUCCAGGCAUUAUUAACUUAUGAAAAUCUAUCAUGCCAGUUUUUUGACAUUGGAUGAUUCAGAGCAAUGUACUCUACAUGAAACAUCUUAACUUGCUUAGCACAAAGGUUAUUUUUCUUUGGUGUACAUGGUCAUAAUGGUGUGUCAAUUGGCUUCUUCUGAUGAAAUGUGUAAAAUUUUAACAUCUACAGUAAAAUAAAGAAUGUCAUGUAAAUGUUGAGAGCUUUUGUUAAAUUGUUAACAAACAGUACUUUCCGUCUUUUAAUUCCUUCAUCUGUUGGUCAUGCAAGAGACAAAAGUACAAUAGUGAAAUUAUUCGACUAGCAAUCUAGAAAUCUAGUUUCAGCAAUCCCUGUGAUCUACAAUCAAAUCUCUCUGUGGUAGCUGUGGAAUUUAAUUUUAAUUAAUAAUCAGAAAUACAU